AUGGCCGGAACAGCGAGAGCGCUGAGCCGUGCGGCCCAUAUGUUUUCUCGGAGACAGCACCUGGCCUCUUCGCAAGUUUUCCACACACAGCCCGCGCCAAUUCGUGUCCAACAGACACGAUGGUUCACACCAUCGCCCUUUACCUAUCUCCCUAAAAGUUCGGACGCGGAAUCAAAGAAUGCUCCGUAUGAGAUCAUCGAGGAUUUGCCUGACUACUCAGUCGACAAUUUCACGGAAGCCGAGAAGUCCAUGUAUGAAUUGAUGUCCCCUGAAGAACGGGCAGUAUUCGACGCCGAAAACAGACGGUUUGUCGAGAUGUGGAGAGACCCGCGUCGACAAAAAGAAGAUAUCGACCUAAUCGAACAAUCAGCGGCUCGCAUUGAGAAGGAAUCGAAAAUGCGAUUUGAGGAUGUCAGAGAGAGAAAUCGUGGUUUCUGGGCGGAGGAAGAAGACGAUGAAUUCUCCAAUGCGGAGGAUGGAGAUGACACUUUCAACGAUGAUGAAAUCACAUCCAUGGCCCACGCUGAGCUGGAACUACACCGUGAGGUUCGAGAGUAUUCUCGUAUUGCAGCAUGGGAUAUGCCCUUGUUGAGCAACCUUACCAAGCCGUUUGAACUGCCCAAAGAGAACCAGAUUCUCCGGUUUCGAUACACAACGUAUAUGGGUGAACAACACCCGGCCGAACACAAGGUUGUUAUGGAACUCAGCUCCAAGGACCUGGUACCGAAACAUUUGACCGAAGCGCAGCGCCAGACAUUCCUUAAACUCGUCGGACCUCGCUAUAACCCCGAUACAGACAUUGUGCGCAUGUCAUGCGAGAAGUUCUCCGCUCGGGCUCAGAACAAACGCUAUCUCGGCGAUACCGUCAAGAAUCUCAUCAAGGAGGCCAAGGAAGGCGACUCCUUUGCAGACGUGCCUCUUGACCUUCGACACCACAAACCAAAACCCAAAUAUAUCUUCCCGGAGUCGUGGAAAAUGUCGGAAAGUCGUCUGCGACAAAUCACCACUGAUCGCGAAAACCGACUUCGCAUUGAGCAAGAGCGUAAUGCCGUAGUGGAUGGCAAGGAGUCUGUGCUGCACGCUAUUCGCACUUUACCAGAACUGAGUCAACAUCCUCAGCUGCGUGCUGCAGAUGAUAAGGCCGCUGUCAAGGAGACAGUAGGCAGGGGGAAAGCUGGCGCUCGAUUGAGAAGAUAG